AUGGUCAAUACAACGAGUUUUGGGGGGGAGUUGAAGGUGCCGCUUGGGAUGGGACCAAAGUUAGAUGAACUGAAGGCAGCAUUAGCGUUCUGUCCGCUUUGGAGUUUUGAAAAGCGCAAGUGGUUGGGGCUGCUACUUCUUCAAGCCAUGGGAGUCUAUUGUUUGCAUCACAAUUCAAGGAUACCCUUUCAAAGUGCAAUAAGGGUAUUCCACGAUGAAGCCAUGAGGUCGUAUCCAUGGGGUCGGACUGCAUACGAAGUUCUAAUUGACUCUAUUAAAACGUUGGCUCCAGAUGGAGGUUCAUACACAAUAAGCGGCAUGAAGGACGCGUUAUUGAUUUGGGCUUAUGAAUCCGUCACAUGCUUCGGUGAGAGUUUUGGGAGAGUGAUCAAUAACGAAGACGUUCCGCUUUUGCGAUGGGGUGGAAAGCGUACACGUGCAAACUUUGAUAAAUUGUUGUCUGCCGAAAUCGAAAAGCAUGGCGAGGUGCGUGUGAGGAGAAUGAUUUUGAAGGACUCAAUUGAAGAGAUGUUUCCUAUUUGGCCGAGUGAAGAUGACGACCCACAACUCGUUAGGUUGAUAACAGACAUACAUUCAAGUAGAUUUGUGAAAGCGGAAAAGGGUUCUAGCGAGAAGGAAGGUAGCAAAGAGUUGGAGUUGGAGAACAAAGCGACUCUAACGACCAUUGUGAGUACUCUGGAUAUUAUUUCCAGAAAAUUUGAUCAGGUUGACUCACGGUUGGAAGCUUACGAGUUAGACCGGAACAGACCAUUGAUGGACCAAAAGACUAUUGAUGACAGGGUGAAUGCUUUACUGGAGGAGCGUCUGAAAGAUCUGAGGAUUGGGAAAAUUCCCGAAAACCAUGAUAACCCCUCUCCAAAAUUAUCAGAUAACUCUUUAUCGAUGGCAUCACCGGUGGUUCAAACGCAUCAGAAGUCGGUCAAUAGUCCAGCGUUAGUAGCUGCGACUCCUGGUAAGGAGUUUGGACCGAAAAAGAAUUUGGCCAAGGAGCUUGAAAAGGAAUCAGGGGUGAAAAGGACUUUGGAUGAGGAGUUUGGUAGUGUCGAUAAAGCUACUGAUAUGCGGCCUCUUGAUUUCAUAGUAGUUUCUCCUGCAAAGGCUACUAAGGAUGAUAAGGCUACUAAGGAUGAUAAGGCUGCUAAGGGGCGGAAAAAAGAUAACUGCUUCUUGGGAAAUUUUAACUCGAGACGUUUGACGUUCUGUACCUCUCUAUAUAUUGUCUCCUCUCUUACACCUUUCUCUCUCUAA